GUCGCCCGCGGUCGUCCUCGACCCGGCGGGGUCGCCCGCGGUCGUCCUCGACCCGGCGGGGUCGCCAGCCGUUGUCCUUGGCAGUCGCCCGUCGCCUCCCACCCCGUCGACGUGCAGUCGGUCCGCGACGCGGUGGGCGGCAAGUGGCGGGAGGCACUCGGGCUGCUCUUCCAGGUUGGUGACAACAGCGUCGAGAAGGACAGUGGAGAUCUCCUGCGGGCCUGCGCUCAGGCGUGGCAGUGGAGACUUGCGAUGCAACUGCUGCGAGAAGAUCCCGCGCCAAGCACGGAGUGGUUCGAGCACGCCAUCCAGGCGCGCGUCGGCAGUAACCGCAGGCACGCCUUCUACUCAGGACCUCGGUUGGACGAGGUGGAGUGGAGGAAGCAGAGGGUAGCCUUGGUUGGAGUCUCUAAUCGGCCAGCAAUUCCCUUGCAGUGGCCGCCAGCCUCGGCCGAAGAGGAGCAGGACCUCGUCGCCGUCGAGCUCGCCCGAGAGGCGCUGGCCUUGCUGGGGCUGGGCGGCGAGGGCGCGCCAGGCUCCCCGGCAGAUCUGCUGGCGCACGCUGCCGCGAUGCGCCUCUGCAGCGCCGCGGGCGUGGCGCGCUGGGCCCUGGAGGUCUUCGAGCGCAUGCAGGGCACGCACGUGCAGCCAGACGCGGCCUGCUACAGCGCGGCGAUCCAGGCCUGCCGGGAGAGCGGCGACUGGGCCAGGGCGGUGCGCUUCCUCGGGGAGAUGAGGGCGUCCGCCAUGUCGCCCAGCGCGGCUGCCUUCCGCGAUGCCGCGCGCGCCUGCGAUGCCGCCCGCGUACCGGAGAUGACGCUCAGAGUAUUCGUAGAUUCGCGCACGGUGGGCCUAGAUGCCGACACAUGCGAUGCGGCGAUCAGUGCAUGCGAGCAGAUAGCAGCAUAUCAGGGUUGGAUACCACAGUUGUUCAAUGAGUCGAUUCAGUUCGUGCGUGCGCACGAUUGGCACGCGGAAGAUGCGCCCAAGGCGCAUUCGGAUGCUUUUUCGGCAGCGAUCACAUCGUGCACGAGGUGCGGCGAGUGGGAGCUUGCCCUUCGGCUGCUUGAGGAGUCCAAAGGCGACGACGGUGUGUCUGCAGCCGCCAUAUUCAAUGCCGCGGUGCGGGCUCUCACCCUCGGGGGUUGGGGAGAACUGUCGUUGCCACUGCUCAGAGAGAUGGAUCGACUGACGUUAUCACCAGAUUCCUUCACAUUGCAUUCUGCUAUGCUGGAGUCCGUCCGUACGGCAAGAGUUCGCGACGCUAGAUUGUUGUAUGCAAGGGUUCGCCGCUUACAGAUUGCCCCACCGUGGAUCCGUUCUUCAACGUGCAUCGACGUGGCAGGGUUGGAAGUUGAAGUUGCUAAACUUGCUACGCAGACAUUCAUAGAAGAAAUGUGCCGGUCAAAGUUAAGAAGGGAGAUUGCGAUCAUCACCAGCGGCGAGCUGACCGAAGCGCCCGACCCGGAUGGGUUUGAUUCCGAGAUGAAGAAAGAAUUGUACGCGUUCUUGUCCCAGAUGUACGGUUUGCGGGCGAGCCCCUUCAAUCCAGGCAAGAUCGUGGUUACCAAGAUGGAGAUGUCCAGGCUGAAGUUGCGGCGGAAUCCGGGAGCCGGUGACGAGCGGAAGAGUUUGCGGAGACAUACGCAGGAGAGAAUGGCCCAGCAGUUCGCCUGGACCUGCGACGAGGACAACGAGGACGAUUAA